AUGUCGUCAGCCCUCGUUGAUACGUCAUUGGCCGGCACAGCCGCUGAUCGUCCGGUGCUGUCAGACCUGGUCACUCCAUGGCUUGCACAAUCGCAGAUCAAAUUCCACAUUCACUCCCAGUCCACCAGCGCCCACGCUCAUUUCCGCGCCCAUCGUGCCACCAUUCACUACGACACAGGCGACCCAACCAUGAUCAUCCAGCAGCGAGCUAGCAAGAAGCACCCGGUGUUUGGCUGUUAUGUACUGCCCCUCACCCGAAUCAACAUCGUUAUAGAGAAGCCCAACGAUGGCCGCCACGCCUUUCAGAUCCAGAUCGAGCAGAACGUGCCACGGCAAAUCAACUUUCCCCGCGGCUUCCCUGAGACUCUUGCUUGCAGCCUGAUGGCAGCCAACGUGUCUCAAUGUGACUUGCCGGCAUUCUUGGAAUCUGGGGCGUCGAUCAAAGUACUUAAGGUGGAUGGCCACGGCGUCGAGGGUAGCAUGAAGGCCUGCAAGCGACUGGCUUCACUCCUCGAUGAGAUUAAGAGGAAGGCUGUACACCAGCUCGAGAGUGGAAUAGUCUAG